AGCCAAAUCUUCACUCCUACUUCUUCUCUUCACUUGCCAUUUUCCUCUCUCUCUCUCUCUCUGCAUGCGAGUGUUGGUAUGGUGUGAGUGUUUGAAGAUUGAUCUCCAUGUUCUGCUCUUUCUUCGCUCCGAUCCUUCUUCAUCAACUAUGGAACGCUGUUUUCACUGCUCCCUUCAGGUUAUAGCUUAGCUUCUGCUUCUCUGCUUGCAAAAGUAAUAAUAAAAAAAGGUUAUCAUUUAUUGAGAAUUUGAGCUAACAUCUUUGGAUUUUAGCUCGAAUACUCUCACGUCCUGUCAGAAACACACACAGCGUUAGGUCGGUGGGGAAAAUGAAAUAUGUAUUGUGAGUAAGCCUUGAAGAUGGGAAUUAUUGUCUUUUUUUUCAUCUCAAGCAAAAGAAUAGACUGUUAUUUUAGAAAUGAGUCAAAUGACAGAUGAGGUCAAAGACAUCAUGCACUGCAAUGAUCAGAUUGGGUCUCAGUUAAAUGAUGAGGGUAAUGGAGGAAGUGUUGGUGGAGUUGUUCUGAAAAAAGGGCCAUGGACAUCUGCUGAAGAUGCGAUUUUGGUGGACUAUGUCAAGAAGCAUGGAGAGGGGAACUGGAAUGCUGUUCAGAAGUACUCGGGCUUGUCACGUUGUGGUAAAAGUUGUCGACUGCGAUGGGCCAAUCAUUUAAGGCCAAAUUUAAAGAAAGGGGCAUUUACUCCAGAAGAGGAGCAGUUGAUUGCUGAACUCCAUGCCAAAAUGGGAAACAAAUGGGCACGCAUGGCAGCACACUUGCCUGGUCGUACAGAUAAUGAAAUAAAGAACUACUGGAACACCCGGAUCAAGAGGCGUCAACGGGCUGGCUUGCCACUUUAUCCUCCCGAAGUAUGUUUACGAGCACUGCAAGAGAGUCAGUGUGGCCAAGGUACCGAUGGAAUUAAUGAUGGUGAUAGAGGGCAUCAUGAUUUCUUGCAGAAAAACAACUAUGAGAUACAUGAUGCAAUAUUUGACAGUUUGAAGGAAAAUCAGGGAAUCUUACCUUUUGUGCCUGAGCUUCCUGAUAUUUCUGCCCAUAGCAUUCUGCCAAAUGGUCUUGGUUCUCCUCCCUAUUGUAAUUUUGUGCCAUCCACAUUACCUAACCAUAAUCAUCUUCAAGAGUCGACAGUGUCUUUAUUUGGUUCCAGUGGGAUGAACAGGAAUGGAUUUUAUCCAUUUGACCAUAUGAAGGAUAAUCCGUCCGAUAAUAUUGCAGAUUCAUUUGGAUUGCAUUCUCCCCUUGAUCCUGUUGCCUCCUCACAUAGCUCAAUUUGUCACAGCCAUUCACUAUCAAAUGGCAAUUCCUCUACUUCUAAGCCGAUUUCUGAGGCUGUGAAGUUGGAGCUCCCUUCACUCCAAUAUCCAGAAACUGAAUUUGGUAGCUGGGGUACCUCUCCCCCACUUCCAUUGAAUGAGUCUGUUGAUGCUUUCAUUCAUUCUCAGCCACCUAAUGCAAUAGACUCAGGUUGUUCUUCACCACAUAAUAGUGGCUUGCUUGAUGCAUUACUUUAUCAGGCAAAGACUCUUAGUUGUUCAAAGAAUAAUUGUUCUGACAAGAGUUCUAACUCAUCUAUUGCAACUCCUCAUGAGAGUUCUGCUCUGAACUUGUAUGAGACAGAAUGGGAGGAUUAUGCUGAUCCUGCAUCUUCCUUUUGUGCAACUUCAAUCCUGAAUGAGCAUCCUGCUGUUAGCGCCAGUGGAAACUCAUGGGAUGAAUGGGUACCUUUUCAGACAUAUAGUGGCAACAAUUCGAAAUUAGAGUCAGUUGACCAGGUUUGGCCCCCUAAGAGUGAAAAUCAAGUCAUAUCCAUGUUGAAUCUCUCUUGGCCAGAUGUCUUGCUAGAUUCAGAUUGGCAGGAGCAAUGUUCUGAGCUUGGCAUGAACCAAGCCAUUGUGACUAAUGCUAUUGAUGAUUUAGGUGACAAUAAGCAUAUGCCCAGUGGAACUUUUUCUUCAAGUACAGGAGGUUGUUUCUUGCGCAUGGAUUAACUUGACCCUUUUUGUCAAUUGCCUGGUCUUCAUUGAGAAAACUGCUGAAUGUGACUCAAAGCUUUCUAUUUUUCAUUUAUGCGUAAUUUUUAAUAUGGGUAAUCAGGAUUCAGGUGUAAUAUUUCCCAUUGAGUCUAAUAUGGGUGUGACUUGUGUUAUCAAAUGCACGGGUCGGAAGAGACCUGUGCCUUUCUUAUCUAGCUUUAUAACUUCUCUCUUUCUGUGUGGCAUUUAUUGUAUACCCUCUCGAAACACUUCAGAACAAAUUGCUUUUGCAGGUUUCUGAAUAAUUUGUGGAAUAACGUUACACUUGAAACUUUGGACAGCAUGCAACUCAAUGCAGUGACAAAUGUCUUGUAUUUCUU